AUGACCAACCGCCAGGAGGGAAAUAGUAAAGUCAUAAGGAUAUGGAGCUGGCUAAUCGGCAGUCUGCUGAUAAUGCAGAUGAUUGCAGGAAGUUCGGGCAGUCAAGCUCUCUCGUUCACCUUGGAGCCGCAGGAUGCCGUGGUGCCCGAGGGCCACUCAGUGUUACUCCAAUGCUCCGGCAACGCCCAGCUUGCCACCGGUCGUGGGGCAAAGGGCAAGCUCUCCGCCAGCACCCCGGCCACGCCGGUGAACAUCCGGUGGCGGGGACCCGAUGGCCAGGAUCUGGUCAUUGUGGGUGAUACAUUCCGAACCCAGCUGAAGAACGGAUCCCUGUACAUCAGCUCCGUAGAGGAGAACCGGGGCCUGACCGGAGCCUACCAGUGUCUGCUGAGUGCCGACGGCGUGGGCAGCAUCCUCAGUCGGCCGGCCAUAGUGGCCAUUGCCCGCCAGCCGGACCUGAACCAGGACUUUCUGGAGACCUACCUCCUGCCCGGCCAGACCGCCUACUUCCGUUGCAUGGUGGGCGUGGCCGACUGGCAGGAGGGAGUGAAGCAUUCAGUGCAGUGGUUCAAGGACGACUUGCCACUGAACCUGGACAAGAUUCGGAUGGUGGUGCUGCCCAACGGGGCGCUGGAGAUCGACGAGGUGGGUCCUUCAGAUCGGGGCUCCUACCAGUGCAACGUCACCUCUGGCAGCCUGUCCCGGCUGAGCAGCAAGACCAACCUGAACAUCAAGAAGCCCACCGAUCCGGGUGUGGAGAACGCAGUGGCUCCCUUGUUCCUGGUUGGACCCUCGCCCAAGACGGUCCGCGAGGGCGACACCGUCACCCUGGACUGUGUGGCCAACGGAGUACCCAAGCCGCAAAUCAAGUGGCUGCGGAACGGCAUGGAACUAGACUUUAACGACCUGGACUCCCGCUUCUCCAUCGUGGGCACUGGCUCUCUCCAGAUCUCCAGCGCCGAGGACAUCGAUUCCGGGAACUACCAGUGCCGGGCCAGCAACACUGUGGACUCGCUGGACGCCCAGGCCACCGUGCAGGUCCAAGAGCCGCCCAAGUUCAUCAAGGCACCAAAGGACACCACCGCCCACGAGAAGGACGAGCUGGAGCUGAAGUGCGACAUCUGGGGCAAGCCGAAGCCCACCAUCAAGUGGCUGAAGAACGGGGACGUGAUCACGGCCAACGACUACAUGCAGCUGGUGAAUGGACACAACCUGCGCAUCCUGGGACUCCUAAACUCUGAUGCCGGAAUGUUCCAGUGCGUGGGCACGAACUCGGCGGGCAGUGUCCAGGCAUCCGCGCGACUGCGAGUGGUGCCCCAAGGAGGCCAGUCCACCAAAUCCCUACAGACCUUUGACAAUCCGACCAGGCGACACCGAAAACCGAACCACAACAAGUCCGGGGAGCAGCUGCGCACCAAGUCCGGUGCCAGUUUCCUCGACGACCUUGAGGACGAUGACGACUCCAGUACGAUACGACUAAAGAUACCCCUCGAACACCCACUGAACGAUCGAAUGUUCGACAUGCUGAACGAGGCUAGUGCCCUGCGGAAGGGGCUGGACGCCUCCAAGAGCUACGAGGACGAUGACGGCGACUAUGACGAUGACGAUCCGGCGGCCAAGGAGGUAUUCCUGGCCGCCUACAAACAGGGCGGGGACCCACAGCAAAUACUGGACUCCUGGCAGGAGAGCAGCAACAAGAAAUCCCAUCAACAAAAACAACCAUCCCCUGCUUUCCCAGAUUCCCCCGAACAGGCUCCCGGUGUACAGAAUCCCUCGUCCGCGAAACCAGCUCUCGGUAAUGGUCUGCUAGCCAGGCUGCCCAGCCAGCCGCGUGACUUGGUGGCCCAGAUAGUGAAGCCGCGUUUCGUGACCCUCAGCUGGGUGGAGCCCGUCCAGAAUGCCGGAGAAGUCGUCUACUACACUGUCUACUACAAGAUGAACCACAGCGAGCGAGAGCAAAAAAUGGUCACCAAAUCGCAUGAUGAUCUCCAGGUCAACAUUCAGUCGCUACUGCCGGGACGCACCUACCAAUUCCGUGUGGUGGCCAAUACCAACUUUGGCAAUGGCGAGUCCUCCGCUCCCCUGGAGGUCAACACCCAACCGGAGGUGAACAUUGCCGGGCCACCGCGUAACUUUGAGGGCUUUGCCCGCAGCCAUCAGGAGAUCUUUGUGAGGUGGGAAGAGCCGGCCGUGACCAAUGGAGAGAUACUCAAGUAUCGGGUCUACUACUCGGAGAACGACCGUGGUGCUGAUUUGUAUCAUGACACCACCACCUUAGAUGCUGUGCUAUCAGAGCUGCAUCCUCAUACGGACUAUGUGAUUACCGUGGCGCCUUUUAAUAGAAACGGCAUGGGUGAUCCUUCCUCCGAGAUUCGAGUGAAAACAUUCUCCUCCACGCCCUCAGAACCCCCCAACAAUGUCAGUCUGGAGGUGACCAGCUCCACAUCCAUUACGGUACACUGGGAGCCACCGGAAGAGGAGGAUCGCAAUGGCCAAAUAACCGGCUACAAGAUCCGCUAUCGCAAGUUCAAGGAUGCCCCGCAGGUGAAGAGCACUCCCGCCAAUAUUCGUUACUUUGAGCUCAGCAACCUGGAUCGCAAUUCGGAGUACCAGGUCAAGAUUGCUGCCAUGACGGUGAAUGGUUCUGGUCCGUUUACGGAAUGGUAUCGUGUUAAUACCCUGGAGAACGAUCUGGACGAGACGCAGGUGCCGGGCAAACCCGUUUGGAUCAGAAUCCAUCCCGGCGCCGACAACAUUCAGCUGCACUGGGGUCCGCCGCAACAGCCGGAGAUCAAGAUACGCAACUACGUGCUGGGCUGGGGCCGUGGCAUUCCCGAUGAGAACGCCAUCGAGCUGAAGGAGACGGAACGCUAUCAUGUGCUGAAGAACCUGGAGUCCAACACGGAGUAUGUGGUGUCGCUGCGGGCGAGAAACAUCAAGGGCGAUGGCCAGCCCAUCUAUGACAAUAUUAAGACGCGUGACGAGGAGCCCGUGGAUGCGCCCACACCGCUGGAGGUGCCAGUGGGCCUGCGAGCCAUUACCAUGUCCAGCUCGUCGAUUGUGGUCUACUGGAUCGACACAAUGCUGAACAAGAACCAGCAUGUCACCGAUAAUCGCCACUACACGGUCCAGUACUGCAUCACUGGCUCGAACCGGUAUCGUUAUCACAACACCACGGAUCUCAACUGCAUGAUCAACGACCUGCGUCCAAACACGCAGUACGAGUUCGCCGUCAAAGUGGUGAAGGGACGACGGGAGUCCCCGUACUCCAUGUCGGUGCUCAACAGCACAUACCAGAAUGUUCCGGUUACGCCGCCUCGUGAGCUAACUGUACGCAUGGAUGAACUGAAUCCUCCCACUGUCAUCAUCCAGUGGCUUCCCCCCAAGCACACAGUGGGCCAGAUCACCGGCUAUAACAUCUACUACACCACGGAUACCACCAAGCGUGAUCGCGAGUGGUCCAUCGAGGCCUUUGCCGGCGAGGAGACGAUGCUGAUGCUGCCGAACCUGAAGCCCUACACCACCUACUACUUUAAGGUCCAGGCCCGCACCACCAAGGGCAGCAACAAUGCUCCAUUCUCGGCCCUGGUGUCCUACACCACCAGUGCGGCGGUGAUCAUGCAGGAGGCAGACACCAUAGCCAAUGGAUUCGACAACGAGAAGCUGCUCUACAUCAUCAUUGGAGCCACGGCCGUGGUGCUAUUGGUAGCCCUUCUAGGAAUUCUUCUGAUGUGUCGCCGCAAGCCUCAAUCCUCGCCAGAGCACACCAAGAAGAGCUACCAGAAGAACAAUGUGGGAGUGCCGAAGCCACCAGAUCUAUGGAUACACCAUGACCAAAUGGAGCUGAAGAACAUUGACAAGGGUCUGCACACAGUGACGCCUGUUUGCAGCGAUGGAGCUUCUAGCAGUGGUGCCCUGACCCUCCCCCGAUCGGUGGUGCACAGUGAAUACGAGUCGGAAACACCAGUGCCACCCCAUGUCACCAAUUCCCUGGACAAGCGCUCCUAUGUUCCAGGUUAUAUGACCACUUCAAUGAACUCCACCAUGGAGCGUCCACAGUAUCCGCGUACUCAGUACAGUCAUCAGAAUCGAUCUCACAUGACCAUGGAAACGGGUCUCUCCCAGCAGAGCCUCAGCCAGCCGCAAAACAACUCCAUGGCCCAGACGCCAGAGCAUCCCUACGGCGGUUACGACGCCAACUUUUGCAAUGCGAGCAAUGGAGCACCUGGCAACGGGUGUGUGUCCACCAUUGAGAGUGCCAAGCGCGGUCAUCCGCUGAAGAGUUUCAGUGUGCCGGGACCACCGCCGACGGGAGGAGCAGUGCCCCUCAACAAGCACACUCCUGCUGUCACAAUACGUCCACAGAACCAAUCGCCCUACAAGAAGCCAUCCUUUUCGGCUGCCACACCCAAUCGACUGCAGGGCGGCGGGUCCAUAGCCCACUCAACCGACGAGAUCCAAAGACUGGCCCCGAGCACAUCCACCGAGGAGCUGAACCAGGAAAUGGCCAAUCUGGAGGGACUGAUGAAGGAUCUGAGCGCCAUCACGGCCAACGAGUUUGAAUGUUAACA